CACUCGCGCCGCCCCAGCCGCUGCGCACUCAUCAGUGCGCGUGCAGCUGCCGUCUCUUCCUUCAAUCGAGGGAGCUUGUAAGGGUACGGCCGUCACCGCUCCGCUCUCACCUUUCCCACCGCCGCCACGCGCGUCCGGCGCAUGGUACGCAGGAGGCGAGUAAGCCAGCGGUGCAGGAACAAGAGCGGCGCAAGGAGGCCACGCGGAGCAUCGAUAUUGCCCCCGCCGGCUCUGAUACUGCCGCGAGCGGCAGCGACGGCAAUGAACGCGGGGCUACUGCGGGAAAGAGCUUUGAACGACGCGUGCCGCGGGUCCUCGGGGUCUGCUUGCCAGGCGACGAACGUGCCCCUUCCUGAUUGGUCGGAUACGUCUUCGCACGACGAGCCUCCGUCGCAGCAGGCCCAGAUGAGAGUGAGGGCGAAGGCGACGAUGAUGGCGACGAGCGGGAGAAGGUUGAUGGCGAGAAGCAGCAGCGCCAGCGGAGACAUCCCCCAUACCUCCAUUGCAAGUCUUCCGGGAAGAAUACAGCCACAGUAGACGCUGGACGGGCGGUUUCAAUGGAGUGGACGGAAAAUCGGCAAUCCGCGGCGUUGCCAGUUGAUGAAUCAGCAAAUGCGUGUGCCCCGGAAUAAAAGCUGCAGGCAAGACUUGCGGGACGGAUAGCCAACCUAGUUGAUCGACCUAGCUGUGGAUCGUCCCAUCUGGUACUACCAGAUGGGCGGGCACCUUAUUGGAUCGACGAGAUGUCAGCGGGAGGAUUCUCUUCGCGAAUGAGUACGACAGUGUGCGGUCAUUCGCUUGCGGAUUUGCGUAGAGCGGCCUUCCCGCGUUUGCUGGUGGGUUAGGCUUCAGCAGGCUUGCGAACGGUAGCAGGCGUGAUGCGUCCCAAUGAAACUACGACGGAAAACCUUUCUCUAUCGUCUGCCAAUGAACCAAUUCUUCUGAAAUCAUGGCCGACGUUUACGUCAAGACCACCUCUUCUUUCAUUCCUGCUGUGCCCUUUUUCGAAUCACA